AUGGCGCUACCAGGAACGUGUCUCUUCUUGUUCAACUUGCUUGCAUGCAUCCUCCAGGUCCUUGGCAAAGCAGAAGUGUUUGUGAAGGCGCCACCUGCACAAAGCAUUUUCCUGCGUUCCAAACGAGCCAACGACUUCCUGGUGGAGGAGAUCCUGCAGGGCAACCUGGAGCGGGAAUGUUACGAAGAGCACUGCACUUUUGAAGAGGCCAGAGAGUACUUCGAAGACGAUGACCAGACGGUAAAGUUCUGGAAGACUUAUGAUGACGGGAACCACUGCAACCCCAACCCCUGUCUUAACGGUGGGAAAUGCACGAACAAGAUGCGUGGUUUCCACUGCUCUUGCUCCCCGCCCCAACAUGGAAUUGUAUGCCAAUUGGGAGCCCUGGUAGACAUGAUGAGCCAGGAAGAUGAAGGGGAGCCGCAAAAAGCGCCACAUGUAGCAGCAGGAAGGUAUCCGUGUCCCACUGAAGGCCCAAAUGCGUGCCACCAGCUGUGCACGGCGACCUCCUCCACCUACGCAUGCUCCUGCGUGGCGGGAUUCAAACUGCACAGUGAUGAACGAAGCUGCCUGCCCAAAGUGGAGUUUCCCUGCGGAAGACUUCCUGGGUCCCCUCAGAUGGUAUCAAUGUGUCACCAUGGCAACUGUCCCUGGCAGGCGUUGCUGCUGGGAAGCGGAGGGACGGCGCUUUGUGCCGGUGUUUUGUUGGGUCCGCGGACUGUCCUGACUGCUUCAAGCUGUCUCCUACGGGAAUCCAACCCCCAACCUUCCAAUUUUUUUGUUGUUGCAGGUACAAGGGAUACAACAAUGUCCGUUAAAGCUAUCUAUAUUCACAAACGUUACGUUCCAAAUCACCAUGACAAUGACCUGGCCCUUUUGGAGUUGACCAGCCUCAUGCCCCUUGGGCCCACCCUCCACCACCUGUGUCUGCCCACCAAAGAUUUCAGCGAAAACAUCCUGAUGAAUUCUGGGAAGGUUGGUGUUGUGGCGAGCAUGAACCAAUACCUGGACCACAACCUUGUCUACAUGAGUUUGGACGAGUGUCGCGGCCAGCUCAACAUCUCGCUCCCACUCACCAAUAAAAUGUUCUGCGUGACGGGACGGACCGGAAAAAUAGUGAUGCAGAGUCAAAAUCCAAUGCAGAAGGACAGUAUCAAUGGCUCCAACACUGAGAGAAGUUCAACCGCGUGGCAAUGUGGUGGUCUGUUGUCCGCUAUGCCCCUCGCCACGGUGGAGAAAGGGACAGCAUUCCUCACGGGCCUGCUCCUUGUGCCACCUAAAGGCUGUCUGGGGAAUGGGCUGGCCUUUACCAAAGUGUCCCGACACCUGGUCUGGAUAAGACAGCAUCUGGAGGCCGUUGAGUCACACGUCCACCCAACCCAACAGUCAAAAAGAAACUAACUGAUAUGAGUGACCCGUUCAGCUUCUGGUGUCACACGUUUUCCCACUACAGAUGUUUUGUCCUUUACACAUAACCUCGAAAAUUAGUUAGUCAAGAAUCAUUUAUGUCACGGGUCACAUUGUAGUUCUGACUUCCCUCAAAGGGCCAUUAUGGAUAAUGUAGAGAAUCAUGUACAUGUCAAAUUGAUGAAUAACCAGUUUUGAAAUCAGAGGUCAAGGAAAACAGUUUGAUCCUAUAUUGUUCAAUUCAUUUUUCAAAGGUGUUUGCUUGAAAUAGCUUAAUGUUCUUAAAAGUGGUGACAAUUUGCAAUGGUGGUAUAGAUUUGAGCAUGUAAAAUGAAGUAGACAUGAUUGGAUGUGAUUUGCUUUAGCGGGCCACAGAGCAGUGUUUCCCAAUGUUGAUCCAAGGCAUCCAUUUUUCUGAGAAAACUCUUACGACACACUUCCGGAGGAAAUGUCACAAAAAGUAUGAAUUUUGAAAUAAUGAUGAUCUCGUCUCAAUGUACUCACAAAUGUAAUUACUCAGUGUGGCGUCUGGGCUUGUUUAAUUGAACAGAAAGCUUAUAUCUUCACAGGAAGGCAUGACUUAUUCGCUUAUAUGAAUGGCAACAGGUGGAUAAAGCAAAGCAAAGCAAUGUAUAUAGCGCAUUUCAUACACCAGGUAACUCAAUGUGCUUUACAUGAUUAAAAGUAUUUAAAAACAAAAACAAAGAAAAAAACAGCUUAUAAACAUUUAAAACAAAGAGGGGAAAAAAUAAAAUACAAUUAAAACA